UCGCCUCCCCCAUUGUUCCUACUGUCUUUUUGCCUUUUGUUAUUUGCACUCGCAUUGUGUUGUUUGUCUCUGAAGCCGCCUCAUGACCAGCAAAGGGAUUUCACCUCGUCCUUGAGAGCAACACGGGGAGCGCGAGCGAGCGGGCGAGCGAGAGACGGGGGGAGAGAGAGGGACACGCGCGCGCACACACACACACACCGGCACACACGCACACACACAGACACACACACACAGAGUGAAAAAGGCGAGCCACCAAAACCCAUCUCCAGUCUCCUCCCGGGGGCCCCCAGCCCGCCUCUGUGCCACUUUGCAUCCCACGCCGGAGGAGGCAUUAACGAGACCGGGUAAGGCCUUUUAACCGGUCCAAGGUGUAGAGCCAUACUUCAGGAGGAUCCUCAGAAGUUUUGGACAAGCCUCCCCAAAUGUGGCAGGUGCUGUGCUGGCCAUUGGUGACCCAAAGAUGAUGAAAAAUAUGUUCCUGCCCACAAGGAGUUAGCGACCUACUGGGCUUUCCUCUUGCUGAUGACAUGAUUCCUGUUUGAAUCCGUUGACAAGAUUCUGAAAGCUGAACAGAGAAUUCUGGCACUGCACUGGGUAGGAAAAAGCAUUUCAAGAAAUAGAUAAUAUCAAGGACAUCAGGACACCGGGAGUGGGAGAGAUUGGACUGGGAGACUCAGCAGGAUGUCUUCCAAGCGACCAGCCUCUCCGUAUGGGGAAGCAGAUGGAGAGGUAGCCAUGGUGACAAGCAGACAGAAAGUGGAAGAAGAGGAGAGUGACGGGCUCCCAGCCUUUCACCUUCCCUUGCAUGUGAGUUUUCCCAACAAGCCUCACUCUGAGGAAUUUCAGCCAGUUUCUCUGCUGACGCAAGAGACUUGUGGCCAUAGGACUCCCACUUCUCAGCACAAUACAAUGGAAGUUGAUGGCAAUAAAGUUAUGUCUUCAUUUGCCCCACACAACUCAUCUACCUCACCUCAGAAGGCAGAAGAAGGUGGGCGACAGAGUGGCGAGUCCUUGUCUAGUACAGCCCUGGGAACUCCUGAACGGCGCAAGGGCAGUUUAGCUGAUGUUGUUGACACCUUGAAGCAGAGGAAAAUGGAAGAGCUCAUCAAAAACGAGCCGGAAGAAACCCCCAGUAUUGAAAAACUACUCUCAAAGGACUGGAAAGACAAGCUUCUUGCAAUGGGAUCGGGGAACUUUGGCGAAAUAAAAGGGACUCCCGAGAGCUUAGCUGAGAAAGAAAGGCAACUCAUGGGUAUGAUCAACCAGCUGACCAGCCUACGAGAGCAGCUGUUGGCUGCCCACGAUGAGCAGAAGAAACUAGCUGCCUCUCAGAUUGAGAAACAGCGUCAGCAAAUGGAGCUGGCCAAGCAGCAACAAGAACAGAUUGCAAGACAGCAGCAGCAGCUUCUGCAGCAGCAACACAAAAUCAAUUUGCUCCAGCAACAGAUCCAGGUUCAAGGUCAGCUGCCGCCAUUAAUGAUUCCCGUAUUCCCUCCUGAUCAACGGACACUGGCUGCAGCUGCCCAGCAAGGAUUCCUCCUCCCUCCAGGCUUCAGCUAUAAGGCUGGAUGUAGUGACCCUUACCCUGUUCAGCUGAUCCCAACUACCAUGGCAGCUGCUGCCGCAGCAACACCAGGCUUAGGCCCACUCCAACUGCAGCAGUUAUAUGCUGCCCAGCUAGCUGCAAUGCAGGUAUCUCCAGGAGGGAAGCUGCCAGGCAUACCCCAAGGCAACCUUGGUGCUGCUGUAUCUCCUACCAGCAUUCACACAGACAAGAGCACAAACAGCCCACCACCCAAAAGCAAGGAUGAAGUGGCACAGCCACUGAACCUAUCAGCUAAACCCAAGACCUCUGAUGGCAAAUCACCCACAUCACCCACCUCUCCCCAUAUGCCAGCUCUGAGAAUAAACAGUGGGGCAGGCCCCCUCAAAGCCUCUGUCCCAGCAGCGUUAGCUAGUCCUUCAGCCAGAGUUAGCACAAUAGGUUACUUAAAUGACCAUGAUGCUGUCACCAAGGCAAUCCAAGAAGCUCGGCAAAUGAAGGAGCAACUUCGACGGGAACAACAGGUGCUUGAUGGGAAGGUGGCUGUUGUGAAUAGUCUGGGUCUCAAUAACUGCCGAACAGAAAAGGAAAAAACAACACUGGAGAGUCUGACUCAGCAACUGGCAGUUAAACAGAAUGAAGAAGGAAAAUUUAGCCAUGCAAUGAUGGAUUUCAAUCUGAGUGGAGAUUCUGAUGGAAGUGCUGGAGUCUCAGAGUCAAGAAUUUAUAGGGAAUCCCGAGGGCGUGGUAGCAAUGAACCCCACAUAAAGCGUCCAAUGAAUGCCUUCAUGGUGUGGGCUAAAGAUGAACGGAGAAAGAUCCUUCAAGCCUUUCCUGACAUGCACAACUCCAACAUCAGCAAGAUAUUGGGAUCUCGCUGGAAAGCUAUGACAAACCUAGAGAAACAGCCAUAUUAUGAGGAGCAAGCCCGUCUCAGCAAGCAGCACCUGGAGAAGUACCCUGACUAUAAGUACAAGCCCAGGCCAAAGCGCACCUGCCUGGUGGAUGGCAAAAAGCUGCGCAUUGGUGAAUACAAGGCAAUCAUGCGCAACAGGCGGCAGGAAAUGCGGCAGUACUUCAAUGUUGGGCAACAAGCACAGAUCCCCAUUGCCACUGCUGGUGUUGUGUACCCUGGAGCCAUUGCCAUGGCUGGGAUGCCCUCCCCUCACCUGCCCUCGGAGCACUCAAGCGUGUCUAGCAGCCCAGAACCUGGGAUGCCUGUUAUCCAGAGCACUUAUGGUGUGAAAGGAGAGGAGCCACAUAUCAAAGAAGAGAUACAGGCCGAGGACAUCAAUGGAGAAAUUUAUGAUGAGUACGACGAGGAAGAGGAUGAUCCAGAUGUAGAUUAUGGGAGUGACAGUGAAAACCAUAUUGCAGGACAAGCCAACUGAUAAGGGUCAAAAGAUUGUUGUGACCUUAGGACUUAAAGAAGCCCUAACUGGUUCAUCCUUACCAGUGGCCAAGCACAUUAACUUUCUCAUACACUGACUGUUACUUUAACUGUUAGUCUUAAAUAGUUGGGACAUCAGCUGACUAAUAGACCUCAGCCUCAAAAGGCUUGGAAAGAAAAAAAAAAUACAACAAGCAAACAACAAUAUCAACAACAAGAGAUUGAAAUAAGCUAUGGGUAAAAUAAUGCCAGUAAUUCAGCUGCUACAUCCAAGCACUGAAGUCUUACCCGUCAACUUUUUUUUUUUUUAAAUAAACUUUAUGGCUGUUUGUUCUACAA